UGGUGAAGGCUGCUGGAGCGGCGUCUCUUCUUUCAGUGUCACCUCAUAGUGAAUGCAAACCUCAGUCGGACCUCAACAUGGCAAGGGUGUCAGGCGUGUCGUUGGACUUUUAGAACUUUACAUGAUGUUGUUUUCUUCUGUCUCCUCAUUUUCGACAUUUCUUCUUCCGUACAAGCAUUUGUAAACAUUGUGAGGCGGGAAGGCGUCCCACUUUCCCUGUGUGCCCGCGGACAGCGAUGAUGGGACAGUUGUGCUGGAUGUAUUAGUCAAUGACAGGAUGGAUAUCAGGAGGAUCCUGUCUAUUGCUGCUGUCCUUCGUUUUUCUAUCAUUGUCUACGGCGAGGCAGGACAAAGCGCUGUGUUCCUGAAUACACUGCAAAGCUCAGGUCCUCUGUCCUGCUCUGAGGGCUUCACUGAGCUGGGUUAUUACAAUGGAUCUGUGUCUCAGACAGACUCUGGCUCUUCCUGUCUAAAAUGGACUGACUUUCCAGACUACGUGCUGCAGUAUCCCAACCGUGGACUGGGUGACCACAACUACUGUAGAAACCCUGACCGUGAAUCCAACCCCUGGUGCUUUUUCAGACAGAAGUCAGGAGCCAUUGGAUGGGCCUUCUGCGACUGCCACCAAGGUGAGGCGCGGUUGGUGGGGGGUUCAUCUAAUAAGAGUGGUCGUCUUGAGGUAUACCUGAAUGGCCAAUGGGGAGCAGUGUGUGACACCCACCUGACUGAUCGAGAUGCCAGUGUGAUCUGUAGACAACUGAAGCUUGGUGAAAUCGGCACUGCGCUUCGGCAUUCAUAUUUCGGACCUGGUUCUGGUCUUUUUCACUUUGAGCGUCUUGGCUGCCAUGGCAAUGAAGAUUCUUUGCUAAAGUGCCGGAGCAGGAAAUAUGUCUCCAGUGACUGUAACCAUGGAAAUGAGGCUGGAGUGGUGUGUGCAGUACCUGAGGGCAAUGGUGCCCCCCUGAGGCUCGUGGGAGGUCUUGAGGAUUUCGAGGGGCGUGUGGAGGUGUACCAUAAUGGGAGGUGGGGUACUAUCUGUGAUGACGAAUGGGAUGAUAUUGAUGCUGAAGUGGUUUGCCGACAGUUGGGAUUGGGUGGUGUACCAAAGGCGUGGACAUGGGCGCACUUUGGGCAGGGCACUGGGCCUAUCGUGUUGGAUGGAGUGCACUGCACAGGAAAUGAGCUGUCCCUGGAGGAAUGCCCUCAUGCGCCGUGGGGCCAGCACAACUGUGAUCACAUGGAGGAUGCUGGAGUCUCAUGCAACCCGUUUACAGAUGGAGUGUUGCGUCUAGUAGGAGCUGAUAGCCCAUGGGAAGGACGCCUUGAAGUUUAUCACUCUGGGGAAUGGGGCACAGUUUGUGAUGACAACUGGACCGGACGUCACGCCCAGGUGGUGUGUCGACAGCUGGGUUAUCGAGGGCGAGCUGAGGUAGCUCCAGAAGGGACGUAUGGAGAGGGUACAGGGUUGAUUCUGCUGGAUGAAGUGAAAUGUGAAGGAGGAGAGAGCUCUCUGCUGGACUGUGCUCACAGCGAGUGGGGGCAGCAUGACUGCUCUCACAGUGAGGAUGUGGGCAUACGCUGUGAAAGAGAAGGACAGAACAAUGAGAUCCCUGAAGUGGCUCCUGUCAAAGGUCCCCUGGUGAGGUUAGUGGAUGGCGAGAGCCGUAAGGAGGGCCGCGUAGAGGUCUUUAUUAACGGCCAGUGGGGCAGCGUGUGUGAUGAUGGUUGGAAUGACAUCAACGCUGGAGUGGUCUGCAGACAGCUAGGAUUUGUCGGGGUCUCGAAGGCCCGCUCCAUGGCUUAUUUCGGUGAGGGUCAGGGACCAAUUCAUCUGGAUAACGUGAAGUGUGUUGGGACAGAGGCUUCACUGGGAGAGUGUUCAGCUGUAGGUCUGGAUGCCCAUGAUUGCAGGCACAGUGAGGACGCAGGGGUCAUCUGUGACUACACCGCUGAAACUGUAAAGUACAGAAGCAUGAACAAACAGCAAUGUGGUUUGAGACCCAACACACAAAGGCGCAUGAGAAGGAUCAUUGGAGGAGAUAAGUCUCUGCGGGGAGACUGGCCGUGGCAAGUAUCUCUGUGGCUGAGGUCUCAAUCAAAAGGCACCCAUCCACUUUGUGGGGCAACUCUCAUCAAUUCCUGUUGGGUUAUUACUGCUGCUCAUUGCUUCAAGAGGUUUGGUUCAGACCCCUCCCGUUACGUGCUGCGGCUCGGCGACUACCACACAGAGGAGAGGGACGACUUUGAGCGCACUCUGUCUCCUGAGCGGAUUGAAAUCCACAGGAAGUACCGUAGCCAGGGCUGGGAGUAUGAUAUUGCCUUACUGAAGCUGAAGGGCACAGAUGGGAAUUGUGUGGCCUUUAACCCGCACACUAAUGCGGUUUGCCUUCCACCUCAGAGCAACAGGAGGGGCAAGAGGCCUAUCGCCUGUGUCAUCACCGGCUGGGGAAUUACAGACUCUGAGUAUUCCCGAACACUGCUGCAAGCCUGGGUCCCAUUGCUGCCCUCUUGGAAGUGUAAAAAACGCUACGGCAGUCGCUUCACCAGCCGCAUGUUGUGUGCCGGCAGCUUGUCGAACCAUCGUCGUGUGGACAGUUGUCAGGGUGACAGUGGGGGGCCACUGGUGUGCCAGGGCAACAGUGGCCACUGGAUGCUUACAGGAAUCAUCUCCUGGGGUCACGGUUGUGGCGACCCCACCUAUCCCGGUGUAUACACACGGGUCGGCAGGUUCAUGAAGUGGAUAGAGAAAGUCACCCACAGCACUGGCAAAGCGUGAUGUUACAGUGUUCACAUUAAAACCACUUAUCGCAUUGUAUAAAAUAUAUAUUAUGUAAUGCCUAUGAAGGGAUCACCAGCUGGCCAUUAGGUUUAAAGCUGGUUUAAUCCUGUUUUAUGUGUUGCACAUUUUACAUACUUGCACCAUGCCAUUUCAGUUCCAUUUCUGUACACUUGAACGUUUGUGAACGUGCACAAGAACAUGAAGCCACAUGUUUUUGAGGGACAGCUGCAUUAAGUGAGCAGAGUUUUCCGGGAUUGAAAGGUCUUCAACGGAUAAGCCUUUGUAAAGAAGUCAUUUUGCACUAAUCUGCAUGCCGUAUAAAUGGAGCGUCUGUGGGAGGUCUGUGUUCUGGUCUGGCUCUUCUGGAUCAGGUUCUUAAAGCAUUAGUUUACCCAAAAAUGAACAUUUUGUCAUUAAUUACUCAACAUCAUGUCAUUUCAAACCUGCAAGACCUUUGUUCAUCUUCAAAACACAAAUGUUUUUGAUGAAAUCCGAGAGCUUUUUGACCCUGCAUAGACAGCAAUGCAUCUAAAACGUUUCCAGGCCCAGAAAUGUAGUAACAUCGAAGCUAUAAGAAUACAUUUUGUGCAAAACAAGAAAACAAAAACAACUUUAUUCAACAAUUAUUCAACAAAAAUAUCUUAAUUUGUGUUCUGAAGAUGAACAAAGGUCUUACAGGUUUGGAACAACAUGAGGGUGAGUCAUUAAUGACAGAAUUUUCAUUUUUGGGUGAAAUGUCCCUUUAAAUUAGUUCACAUAUUGCACUUAAACAUGUUUUGUUGCGCUAGAGUUAAUUAAGAUAAGGAACGGCAUGCGUAUGUAAAGAUUCAUCAACAUUCCACUUGUAUGUUGGUUAUUAGUACUCUUGUUGAAAGUGUAUAGGGUACGACUACCAUUAGUUAGCGUAUAAUUUAAUUUUUCAAGGGGAUGCAGAAAACCAGUCCCAUAAAAUAGUAUGUUCAGUUUAUUUAUACUUAUAACAAUGCAAGAUUUUUCUUAAGCUCCUACCCAACAGAUAAUGUGAUAAUAUUAGUGAUAUGAAGCAUUGGACUUUUAUUAUAGAGCCCCUAAGGAGACAUGGUGAUGAACAAAAUAAAAGAUGAGAGCAAAAAUUAUAUAUGAAUGCUGUUGCGUUCAGUUGCAAACUGUUUAUAUUUUCCUUUGAAAAUUUGCAUGCACUUGCCAAACAUUUGUAAUUUUUUUGCAAUUUGUUUUUUUUUUACAUUUCCUUGUGAAACUUUGCAUUUGCUCACUGAACGUUUGUGUUUCUUGCAAGAUUUUGAAGUUCCCCAAGAUACUUUGCAUUUCAUGGAAAUACUAUGAUGGGAGGAAAUCUAUAGUCUAUAAGUUUUGCAAAUUAAUGCAAUGUAAUUGCAAUUUUUCUCUUUUUUUCCAUCACCAUGUUCCUUUAGGGGCUCUGUAAGGUCACACUUCAGUUUGUGGACCAGUUCUCAGUAUUAACUAAAUAUUAACUGCAACAUUUGCCUCAAUAAACUUCUAAUUUGCUGCUUAUUAUUAAUUAGUAAAGUAGUUGUUAAAUGUAGGUAUCGGGUAGGAUUACGGGAUCUAAAAUGUGGUCAUGAAUAUCAGAAUAAGGCAUUAAUAUGUGCUUUGUAAGUACUAAUAUACAGCCAAUAUGCUAGAAACAUGCAUGCCAAUAAGCAACUAGUUAAUAGUGAGAACUGAUCCCUAAACUAAAAUGUCACCCUCAGUAGUUAAUGGUUUAAAAUAAAACACUAUCAUGUACAGUUGAGGUAAAAAGUUUACAUACACCUUGCAGAAUCUGCAAAAUGUUAAUUAUUUUAUCAAAAUAAGAGGGAUCAUGCAAAAUUUAUGUUAUUUUUUAUUUAGUACUGAGAUGAAUAACAUUUCACAUGAAAGAUGUUUAUAUAUAGUCCACAAGAGAAAGUAAUAGUUGAAUUUAUAAAAAUGACCCUGUUCAAAAGUUUACAUACGCUUGAUUCUUAAUACUGUGUUGUUACCUGAAUGAUCCACAGCUGUGUU